UGGCAGUGUGCGGUAAGAGGUAACCUAACGAGUGUUAGUGGCGCUUCUUCUGUGCUGUGGCUCACAUUUCGGUAGUAGAGGCCGAGACUGUCUUGGCAACGGCGACCUCUGCAGAGACGGCUUUGGCUUUUGGAGGAGUGGCAGCGCACGGCUUGGAGGAGGGGCUUCUGGUUAGCCCAGCCCUUAUUCUGCAUACCUAAUUGGACUUGGAGACCUUGCCCACUUCUCUUCUGCCUGGCCUUCCACAAGCAGCUGGAAGGUGAACCGGAGAGCGGCAGAAUAUCCUGAAUAGGGAGCUUGCAAGGUUCUAUCAUAAUGAAUGGAUCUAGUGUGGCAAAUACAUCACCCAGUGUAAAAUCCAAAGAGGACCAAGGGUUAAAUGGGCACGAUGAGAAGGAAAACCCAUUUGCAGAGUACAUGUGGAUGGAAAAUGAAGAGGAUUUCAACAGACAGGUGGAAGAGGAGCUGCAGGAACAAGACUUUUUGGAUCGCUGCUUCCAGGAGAUGCUGGAUGAAGAAGACCAAGACUGGUUUAUUCCGUCACGAGACCUGCCUCAGGCGAUGGGACAGUUGCAACAGCAGUUAAAUGGACUGUCGGUUAGUGAUGGACAUGAUUCUGAAGAUAUUUUGAGCAAAAGUAACCUGAACCCAGAUGCCAAGGAGUUUAUUCCAGGAGUGAAGUACUAAGCUAAGAAAGCUUUGAGAAGGACUUUUUUGUCCCCACAUCUGGGGAUAGUGAUGCACAAUAAGUUGGACCUGAAGAGGGGGGAGGGUCGGGGAGGGGUGCAUAGCAGGGAAGGGAAAUGGUGGUUUAAUGAUACUGUGACUGAGUAACUAAUGUGCUCAGUCUUACUCUACAAGCCUCUGAGUAUUUCUCUUUCAUUCUACUGAAUUUUGUUUGGAGCAGUUUCCUAUUUUGUUUUGUUUUUAAUUAGCUCUAGUUAAGGAAAUUGCAUUCCCCCCCCCUUCUUUAGCAAUGUUCUAUUGUGUGUUUAGACAAAAUAAGCUGACCUAGGAAAACUGGGUGUUUAAGAAAUGCCCUUCCCACCCUGCUGUGUACUUAACCAGGGCAGCAAACACCUGGAGAGCCACUUGUGGAGCGAUGGGAAGAGGGGUGAGCAGCAGCAGCAGGAAGUACAACCACAACUUGACGCUCCACUCCCUUGACUCCAGGGAUUGCCCUGAACCCCAUUUGAGAAAACACAAAGACUUAAAAGUACUUGGUUUGUGGUAACUCUUUUGAUGGUUGAUGAAGGUUAUGAUCAGAAUUGGAGACUGAUUGUGAUUGUCACUUGAGUCAUUUAGUUAUGUUGUACCAUUCUUAAGCCUUUGUUUACAGCUACCAUCAGAUUCACCAUUUAUAAGUACUAGCGCUGCUGAUUUGCCACAUUGUCCCUCGUGGUAUUAAUUCCCAUCUCCUUUCCACCCCACCCUAUUCUGUUUUUCAGAAAAGACAUUGUUACCAAAGGCAUACGAAAGGCCUUCUGUACUGGCCAUCAGCAUGGGUUUGAAGAAGUCAUCCUUUUUAAUCCUGUUUUUGUUUUUUGUUUUUCUGUCUUAAGUUUAUUUGGAUAAUUUAUUUCUUUGACAGCCCCAUCCUCCCAGUAUCUUAAUUCUAUCAGAUUAGUAUACAGUUUUUCAAGGAAAUCUAUUUUUCAAAACUAGGGGCGGCACCCGUGGCUCAGUUGGUAAGGCGCCGGCCCCAUAUACCGAGGGUGGCGGGUUUAAACCUGGCCCCGGCUGAACUGCAACCAAAAAAUAGCUGGGCGUUGUGGCGGGCGCCUGUAGUCCCAGCUACUUGGGAGGCUGAGGCAAGAGAAUCGCUUAAGCCCAGGAGUUGGAGGUUGCUGUGAGCUGUGUGAUGCCAUGGCACUCUACCGAGGGCCAUAAAGAAAACAAAACACUAUCAAGAAGCUAAAUUCUGUUAAGAUGCUUGUUGCCAUCUUAACAGAAUUGUGGAAAGGAACUCAAAAACAGCCCAGGAGAGUGAGUCCUGUUUGACCCGUGUGACUGUAUACCUGACCCUCCAGGAUAUUUUCAGCUAUUAUAAAAUAUUACUGUUCCCGCAUACCCAGUUUUGUGAGUUUCCUAGGAUGACCUUUCUGGGUAUGUGCCUUUUGUCUUUCUUGCCUAUAACUCACUGGGGUCUUUUGUUGAUGUUCUCAAGAAACUAAACUGGAUGCCAGGAGUUACCUUGGUGUGUAUAGAUGGCACUAUGGUGUGUAAACAAGAAUGCAUCCAGUCCUGGCCAGAGAACUACAGUGGCUUCUGUCUGGCUGCUACUGUGCUGUGUAACCAGCCUAUAAGGUAAAGAUCAGGUAGCUUGAGAUAAAGUCAGUGUAAAUUCAGUAUGUGGAUGUGGGACAGAGGUUGGAAAGAAAAGACUAGGGUCAGGAAAACUUAAGACAUUCUUUUAUUUAUGAUCUCCUUUGUUGACUUUUGAACAGCUGCAGGCUCAUGUCACUGUCAGAGUUAACAUACCAACUCACAUCUUUUGCCUCCUUUAAGUCUGUAAGAUAGUAUCAUUUGAGAAAUGGCCUCCUUUGUUGUCAUGUGUCAUAGGAGAGUAGCUUAAGGGACUUGUAUUGCCUAGUAUGUUAAUUCCCAAAGCUUCUACCUUCAGAGAAUGAAACUGUUAACUCUUUUUCAGGGAGGAGGACUAUGAAUAAAGAAACGUCUUUAUUCCAGAUUCAGCUUUCAUCUGGGUCUGUUACCUCUAAUAAAGACAGGGCAUUGGAAAUUCUUUGAGUAGAGGAAAUCUCUCUCUUCUGAAGCUGCUUGUCCUCCUUCAGCCUCCAUUAGCCUGUCUAAGCUCAGAAUUCUGAAGGCUUUUGAAAAUGUGUUAGGAUUGCAGAAAGAAAGGGACUCAACUUUCCUUCUGCUCUGUUGGUCCAUUUUGGAUGUCAAUUUUCAGCAUGGUUCCACAAAGCAUGUUUGGCCAGGACUAAGAAAACUUCCUGCCAGUGGAGCCUGGAAAGUAGGGCUGGAGGUUCCAGUCCUGUUCAGACAGAGUGUGCCAACUCCAGGUUCAGGAAGCAGCCAGCAUAGUGACUCUUUUUAUUAUACUAUGCAGGACUUGUGCAUCCAAUUCCUCUUAAGGCCCAACUCUUUUUGCCAUCUAUUUUAUGUUGUGAGGUGGAAGCACAACUGUCACCCACAUCACAGGCUCAGCUAUAGUUAGAGUUUGCCACCUUCUACACAGAAAAUGCACAUGGGUCUUGUUGGACCCUCACUGAGGAAAGGCUGCAAGCCUCUGUCUCAGACUUUUCCUUAGAGCAAGAUUCUGGGUACAAGCCAGGUUGGACUUUAUCCUGUAUUGGUGAGGUUUGUAUUUAUAAGUGAUUAGUUUGAUGUUGAAUUUAAGCCCCUACGCUGUUCUAACUUUUUAAAUGGCAACUGGAAGUUUGAGAACGUGUAUAAAAGUGAAACUACUUUCUAACAGUUGCUAAUCUGGAUCAGCCAGUGUUAGUUUAUUACUAAGUGAUUUCUGAUUAUUGUGAUUAUUUAUUUGACUCUAAAACUCCAGGAUGAAAAUAAUUUUAUCACUAUCUCUUCAAGGGAAUACAAAUACAAAGGAAUGCCUUUUCGGUUUCUGCCGGCCUUUGAACUGCAGCAGAAAAUUCAAGGAUACAGUCUAGGGCUGGGUACAGGCAGCUCUGGGUCCUUGGAUCAGUAUCUGACUACAGUAGAUGACUUUUGGAAAUUACAUAAGGUCAAACAAAUUAUGAGGAAAAGAUCAUAAAGAAAAGGCUGGACCUUUGUAGCACCCUUAGUUUCCAAAGUCCUAGCAGCUGGGAUCUCUUUAAUUAAGGUUAUAAUGCUAACCCUGUCUUUAAAAUAAAUGUUUUUAGUGAAAUAAUAAACAGCAUUUUCCAAAUUGUUUACUGUUGCAAUGGCAAAGUUUUCCCUGAUUUUGGACAGAUUGGUAAGUAAGGAGGUCAGGUGAAUACUCUGGCAGUUAACACACGUUGGAGAGGAAGGUUGUAUGAAGAGAUAGCCAAAGGAAACAGCCUGAAUGAAUCUUCUUGCAUUAGGGCUGCUGCAAACCCCAUGCUGUCUACCUUGCUGUCAUUGGAGGCAUAAGCCUUCUUCAGUAAAGGUCCCACCAUUACUGGCUAAUAAUCUUUCUUCAUUUAGUUGAUAUUGAGGUAUGAGAUCCAGUAAAGACCUGACAAAUCUGUUCAAGAUUUGAAGAUGUCUACCUACUGGGAAAGACUUUAUCCCCAGCCACUCUUCUCUGGAAUAAUGUAAACAUCAUCAGUUUGAGAAUAGGGUGGAGAGAACAGGAUUGAUCCUGGUUUGAUAUGUAGGGGAUCUGGAGCUCCUCCUGCCUCAGCCCACAAUCCCCCAUGUGGAUCAUUUCACUCCUCAUUCCCCAUAGGGAUCAUAAGUUCUGCUGGUCUCACUAUAGAGUACAGAGUACCUCCUGCUGCUGCUGUUUAGCUGUCUUGUGAAUUUCAUCUCUAGACUUGGUUAGUCACAACUUAGAAGAAUUGUUUUUGGUUUUUACCUUGUUUUAAUCUUCUGUAUUGAAGCUGCUACUGGUGACAGCAACAAGGGAGCAGGAGGCUGACCUAAGGAAAACACACAAGUUUCCUGCCUUCUGCCCAACCCCUGCUGCUGUUCCCAGUCCCCAGUCUGGUUUUGUGGGAGGGAGGGGUCAUGAGAAUAGGACAGCUGGAUACACUGAUCUCUACAGGGUGUCUGCCAAGAGAUUCACAUCUUCCAUUUCCAGGGGACAGGAGAGAACUGUAUGAGGGACAGAUGCACCAUCUUUAUUUUAAAAGGAAAAGCCCCUUCAGAUUUUGUUGAGUUUCAUUUGUGACAUUUGCUGAGCUUCCUUCUCUAAUCCUACCUUCUUACUGGCUACCUUUCACCUAAAAAUAGUAAAUAUUCUAGGCCAUAAAAAUAGAGAUAAUAGUAAAACAUUGAAACAUGUUACUAAAAUGUUUACUAUAAAACAGUAAAACAUUUCACUCUGUAAAUCAACACUAAUAAUCCUGUCCUGUUGAGUGUGAGCCUUCAAAAAUGUUUAAUGUUUGAAGGGUAGUUUUUGAGGCAGGGACAAAAAAAAAAAACUUUGAUGAGGCUUUUUUUUUUGGUAGAGACAGAGUCUCACUGUACCACCCUCGGGUAAAGUGCCGUGGCGUCACACGGCUCACAGCAACCUCUAACUCUUGGGCUUACGCGAUUCUCUUGCCUCAGCCUCUCAAGCAGCUGGGACUACAGGCGCCCGCCACAACGCCCGGCUAUUUUUUGGUUGCAGUUUGGCCGGGGCUGGGCUUGAACCCUCCACCCUCGGCAUAUGGGGCUGGCGCCCUCCCCACUGAGCCACAGGCGCCGCCCUGAUGAGGCAUAUUUUAACAUAUCAUAAAAUUCACCCAUUUCAGCUGUCCAAUUCAGUGAUUUUGAGUAACUUUCCUCAGUGAUGCAGUUGUGACCAUUACUCAGUUUUAGGAUAUUUUCCUCCCAGUAAGAUCCUUCAUGCUCAUUUAUAGUCAGUCCCUGUUCCCACCCCAGCCCUAGGCAACAACUUUCCUAUUUUCUCUCUAUAAAUUUGCCUUUCCUAGACAUUUCUUGUCAGUGGAAUCACACAUAUAUGGUCUCUUGUGUCUGGCUCUUUUUACUUAGCAUAUUUUUGAGGUUCAUCCUUGACAUGUUAACAAGUUUUAGUAGUUCCUUUU